AUGGCCGCCUCCACCAUGUCUGUCUGCUCUGAUGCUCUCACCAACUCCUCCUGGCAGGUGGAUGACUGCCCAGAGAGCUGCUGUGAGCCCUGCUGCUGUGCCCCCAGCUGCUGCCAGCCCAGCUGCUGCCAGUCUAGCAGUUGUGUCCCCAGCUGCUGCCAGUCAAGCUGCUGUGUCCCCAGCUGCUGUCAGCCCAGCUGCUGCCAGUCUAGCUGCUGUGUCCCCAGCUGCUGUGCCCCAGCCCCCUGCCUGACCCUUGUCUGCACCCCAGUGUGCAGUCCCUGUUGCCAGUCUGGCUGCAGCAGCUGCUGCACACCCUCAUGCUGCCAGCAGUCUAGCUGCCAGCCAGCUUGCUGCACCUGCUCCCCUUGCCAGCCAUCCUGCUGUGUGACUCUCUGCUGCAAGCCUGUCUGCUGUACACCCAUCUGCUGUGGAUCCUCCUCAUGCUGCCAGCAGUCUAGCUGCCAGCCCUCAUGCUGCCAGUCCUCAUGCUGCCAGCCAUCCUGCUGUGUGCCUGUCUGCUGCAAGCCUGUCUGCUGCACACCCAUCUGCUCUGGCUCCUCCUCCUGCUGCCAGCCAUCCUGCUGUGCUCCUGUCUGCUGCAAGCCAUGCUCCAGCAUGUCCCUGCUCUGCCGCCCCGUGUGCAGACCCGCCUGCUGCGUGCCCACCUCCUCCUGCUGUGCCUCCUCCUGCCAGCCCAGCUGCUGCCGCCCAGCCUCCUGUGUGUCCCUGCUCUGCCGCCCUGCCUGCUCCCGCCCGGCCUGCUGUGGCCUCUGCUCAGGCCAGAAGUCCAGCUGCUGA